UCUUCUUUUGGGGCAAAAUAAAUAAUUAUUUUUAAUUGCAGACGUACGUGAAACACGUUUGUGUAUCAUAAAGUCCUAACCAAAUUAACUUGUCCGUAUCGCUUCUACUUCCAAUCUUGUCUCUUCGACACAUCCUUAACAGUACUUCAACAGUCUCUCUUUCUGGUUUUUUUUCCUUCGCUUCUGCUGAAACUCAUCUUUACCUGAUCCGGCGAUGAGUUCGGAGGAAGCUAAGGUCGUUGUGCCAAGGAGCUUUAGACUGUUGGAAGAGCUGGAAAGAGGUGAGAAAGGUAUCGGAGAUGGUACCGUCAGCUAUGGUAUGGACGACGCUGAUGAUAUCUAUAUGCAAUCUUGGACCGGCACCAUUCUUGGCCCUCACAAUACUGCAUACGAAGGGAAAAUCUUCCAGCUGAAGCUCUUCUGUGGAAAGGAAUACCCAGAGAGUCCACCUACUGUGAGAUUCCAGACACGGAUCAACAUGGCCUGCGUUAACCCCGAGACUGGAGUGGUUGAACCGAGUCUCUUCCCUAUGCUCACUAACUGGCGGCGAGAAUACACAAUGGAGGACAUUCUGGUUAAGCUCAAAAAAGAAAUGAUGACUUCCCAUAACCGCAAGUUAGCUCAACCCCAUGAAGGUACGGAGGAAGCUAGGGCAGAUCCAAAGGGACCAGCUAAAUGUUGUGUCAUGUGAAGAGAGAGGCUGGGAGGCAGCCAGCAAUUUGUAUUAUUAUAAGGGACAUUAGUGUAUAUAAACAUCAGUUGAAGCUUUUCCCUACAACUUAAUGCUAUACUCUUGUUUCAGAUUAUAUAUAUCCACCAAAAACAGGUGAUUCUGAUCUUAAUAAAUUUUAUACCUCUGCUUUCUC